AGAUCUGAGAGUUUUAAUAAACAAACAAAAAUUAAUGGAGUUUCCGGAUAAAAUGGAUCUGGAGAACGAGAGGGUUCUUAAGCUGAUAUUCCCUGAUGGAGUUCCAGAGAACCUGCGUGGCAAUCCGGAACUGGACAAUUAUUUGUCCAAACUGGGCACUUGCAAGGUGGAGCAACUGAAGAAGGAACAAACCCGAUUGGCCGACGAGACGCGUAGCAUCCUGGAACAGACGCAGGACUUGGCCAUCUCGAAUUACAAGACCUUCAUCACCACGGCGGAGAACUCGCGUUCUAUUUUCAGCGAAUUCCUGCGAACCGAGGAGCAGUUGGCUACUCUCGUGGGUCAGUUGCCGGCUCUCAGCGAACGGUGUGAGGGGUUCCUAAAGGAUUCGGCUGAGUUGAGCGAACAGCGACGCCUCAACUCCAUUACGCUGCAAAAGAAUGCCCAGCUACUGGAGGUACUGGAGCUACCGCAGCUUAUGGAACGAUGCAUCCGUGAGGGGCGCUACGAGGAGGCUUUAGAGUUGGCUGCCUAUGCUACCCGUCUGGGCCAGCAUCAGGGUCACAUACCCGUGGUUAAGAGCAUUGUCCGUUCGGUGGAGGCAUUGUGGCACACCAUGCUGGUUCAGUUGGUGGCUCAACUUCGCACAGACUUGCAGCUGCCAAAGUGCUUGCAAAUAGUGGGCUAUUUGAGGCGAAUGCAGGCUUUUGGAGACAACGAGCUGCGACUGAAGUUCCUGCAGGCCCGUGAUGCUUGGCUGAACUCCUGCCUUGAAGCCAUUCCAACGAGUGAUGCACAACAACACUUGAUUAAGACCAUUGAGAUCACACGCAUCAAUUUGUUCAACAUCAUCACUCAGUAUCGAGCUAUUUUUCCGGAGGAUGAGCCGGCUAGCAAAGUAGCUCAGGCGCCACUCAAGCCGCUGCAAGGCGUGAGCUGCAAUGGUGACCGCCUCUUUCAGGCCUGGCUUCACAAUAAGAUUAACGCCUUCUUGGAAACCCUGCAGCGUGACUUGCAGCUUGGCGUGGGAUCUGUGGAAACUGUCCUGGGUCAGUGCAUGUACUUUGGGCUAUCCUUCAGUCGGGUGGGAGCUGAUUUUCGAGCUCUGAUGGCCCCUAUUUUCGUUGACGUGAUCCGACGUCGAUUUGAAACCAGUGUGGAGGAAGUAAAUGUUCAGUUUGAGCGGGAGCUGGACCGCUUUACGCUGAUCAACAAAGUGGCCUUGCAUUUGCAUUCCCGCAAGCAGAUGGACCCCGAUCAGGAGUCUUUCGCCCCGCCGGAAACCUUGUUGGACUUCUAUCCCCUGGCUGCGUUGUGCAAUGGGUAUCUGGGCGCCCUGAACGAGCUCCGGCUGUGCGCUCCCUUGGCCUUGGCCACUGAUGUGACCCGUUGUUUGGAGCGCUCCUUGCACCUAGCAGCCCAGCGAGUACUAGCCUUCUAUCGCCAGGAACAGCAGGCCUUUGCAGGAAGCGAACGCGAGGCUUUUGUCCGGCUGUGCUCGUGCUUGGCCUACGAUUUGGUUCCAUACAUUCAGCGCUGCAUUCAUGGAGUCUUUUCGCCACAGGCUCUAACCGUUCACCUUGGCAUCAGCCUGCUACAGCUGGAGCAGCAACAACUCACAUACCUGCAGCAGGCGAGGAUUCUAGAGCCCCUGAAGCACCUGUUACCCACUAAGGUGCUGGUGCAAUCGCAAGUGCAGGCGCCGGAAGUCUCCUCCGCGGAAGCCAAGCCUAGUGUUGCUGCUGCAGUUACAGCCGAGGGUUGAUGCAAUCUGACCUUAAACAG